UGAAACGCGUUAGGCACUUUCAGCCAUCACAGAUGAUUAAUAAAAACAGAAUUUAAUUUGACGCAAAAGGAAAGUUAAACAAGAAAUAAGGAGCUGCCAUGGAAGUCAUGCUGAUGAUCAUCUUCUUCACCAUCUUCUGGGCGGCGGUGGCCAAGUUCGGACCCCUCCUGGUGACCAAGGACCCCCACGAUGACCUGGUGCGCUGCAUAUUCCUCCUCACCGCCGUCGUCUGCUGGCUUUUCUGGCUCUGCUGCUAUUUGGCGCAAUUGAAUCCGCUGCUGGGACCAAAACUCAAUGGUAAUACUAUCAGGAUCAUCGCCGCGUCAUGGGGGAAUCCCAUCAAGGAGGGAUAAGGAAAUUCCCGCAAUGAAAUCCCCACAUAGUUAAUCUCAUCAUUUCCGGAUUUCCGCAUCGGCAGCCACAUCACACAAACGGAGAUUACGCGGAAACAAUAGCAAUUUGCUUAAAUAUUUUUGUACUUUAAUACUGGCACGUUGAUAAGGUCGGGCUAUACCAUCCCCAGAUACAACCCACUAUUUCAAAACUAACAUCAUUAACUUAUAUCUCCCGAUAUUGUAAAACUCCCACUUUGAACUUGAUAUCUCAACCACUUUGAUCAGCAUAUCACCUCUUUUCUAUUUAGUGUUUUUUGUUUAUUAUUGUUUUUUUACAAAGCACUAGCCAUGUUCUUCAUUAAUACAACUUAUGUGAAAACUUUAUAGAACAGAGAUUUGCGAUUUAACACUUUACAGACUUGCCACAUAUGCGAUUUUUGUAUAGUAAAAAAGAUUAUUAUGAACCUAUUGUUUCCCCUCUUUUUGUAGAUAAUUGUACUAAUCAGUCAUUGUAUUUGUGAUUUAGUUAUUGGCAAAUAUAGAACAAUUUUUGCGUUUACUAUA